GUUCCCGUUGAGCAGGGAGCCCUGUGCGGUGCUCGAUCCCAGAUGAUGGAAUCAUGUCCUGAGCUGAAGGGAGACACUUAACCAACUGAGCCACCCAGGUGUCCCCCUUUUUUUCUUUAUCUUGAGUAUUUCAGCUCUUAGUACCUUUCAGUAGAAAUUUUUUGCUAAUUAUUUCAGGAUACUUAAAACUCUAUAUCAACUGACCAAAGCAAAAACUUUGAAACUAGUUGAUCUUAUGAAAGCACAAUUCACAGAUGAGAUCGGUGAAAUCUUAAUUAUAAAUGAAUGAUUCUUUAAAUUAUAUUCUCUGCUUCUAGUGCCUUCUUUCAGGCUUCCUCUUAAUAUGUUUUGAGGGUUCACUAAUUUUUAGUGAAAAGAUUUACAGCUAGUGGCAGCUCUGCAGUUGUAUUUCUCUUACCUUCCAUUUCACAUUGUAGCAUUUGGCUUUCAAAAUAUUUUUUUAUGAAAUUAUUAUGGGAUGAGAGAUAGUGAUCUAAAGAUGGGAAAUGAGAUGUUGAAAACUUGGUAUUUCUCUAAUGUGAAAGCUACUGUUGGGAUACCUUGGAGCUCACCAUUGCAUUUCAUCAUAAUAUUUUUUUAAGCGAUCUAGAAGAGGAUAUAAACGAGGCUGGUGAAUGACAGCUUUCACAUUGGUGGAAAUAAGCCUAAGGAAGAUCUAGAAGGGUUGUUUUUGAGGGCAGAAGGCAUCAGCUGAGUUUCAGUGAAGGGAAACAUAAGAAUGCAUUUAGAGACGAAUAUCACUUAAUAGUUGCAGAGUUCUCAGUAAUGAUUCAGAAAAAGGUCUUCUGCCAACUUCAGCACAGUGUGUCUGUGGCCAAAAAGGCCAAGAUGCCAGGCAUUGUCGGGGGGAUGUUGAAAAGAGACAGUACUCUCUUCCCCUUCUAUAAAUCCAUGGCUAUUCUUCACCUAGAAUUCAAGCGGCAGUGCUGACUGCAGUGAGAACAUACGGCAAAGCUAGGGAAGAUAUGGCGGAGCUAGGGAAGAUGCAGAGAAGGAGGUCCAAGUUGCCAGUGGAAGGGAGAAAGACACAUGUAUUGUCCUGUGAGGGAGGAUGAGAAAAAUGAGGACCCUUCAUUUUGGGUGCUAACAAAAGGAUUUUGAUUCAAAUUCAUCAACUACAUCUUCAUAGGGGAGGAAACAAUAUUGUUUACCAGUGUCUGAGACACUACAACUCAUCUUGAGGCUGAUUCCCUGCACUUCAGCAGAAACCUGAAGGAAGCGAGCCUAGGACCUAAGGAAGAAAUUCUUGCUUUAUUUAGUGGAAAACUAAUUUUGGGAGAAGUGGACACCAAAAAAUGUGGCUCUGCUUUGGUCUCCAGUCUGGUCACAGACUUGAAACCAAGAUACCAUUUUGCCGCUUUGGAAAAGACCUAUUAUGAGAGGCUUCCUUAUCGAAACCACGUCGUUCUGCAGGAAAAUGCACAGCAUGUCACCAGGUUCAUAGCUCUGGCGAAUGUUGGAAAUCCAGAAAAGAAAAAGUAUCUUUAUGCAUUCAGUAUAGUUCCCAUGAAACUAAUGGAUGCAGCAGAACUGGUCAAACAGCCUCCAGAUGUUACUGAAAACCCUUACAGAAAAUCUGGGAAGGAAGCGUCCAUGGGAAAGCAAACUCCUGCCCCUGAGGAAGAAUCAGCCUGUCAGUUUUUCUUUGAUUUAAAUGAAAAGCAGGGAAGGAAGCGUUCAUCUACAGGCAGAGACAGCAAGUCUUCUCCUCACCCAAAGCAGCCUCGCAAACCUCCUCAGCCUCCAGGCCCCUGCUGGUUUUGCCUUGCCAGCCCUGAAGUGGAAAAGCAUUUGGUGGUCAACAUCGGCACACAUUGCUACCUUGCCCUGGCCAAAGGAGGCUUAUCUGAUGACCAUGUCCUCAUCCUGCCCAUUGGCCACUACCAGUCAGUGGUGGAGCUUUCAGCAGAGGUGGUAGAAGAGGUGGAGAAGUAUAAGGUGACACUGAGGCGGUUCUUUAAAAGUCGGGGGAAACGGUGUGUUCUGUUUGAGAGAAAUUAUAAGAGCCAUCACCUCCAGCUACAGGUCAUUCCUGUGCCACUCAGCUGCUGCACUACAGAUGACAUCAAAGAUGCCUUCAUCACCCAGGCAGAGCAGCAGCAGAUGGAGCUGCUGGAAAUCCCAGAGCACUCUGACAUCAAGCAGAUUACACAGCCAGGAGCAGCAUAUUUUUAUGUUGAACUUGACACGGGAGAGAAGCUUUUCCAUAGAAUUAAAAAGAAUUUUCCUUUACAGUUUGGAAGGGAGGUACUGGCCAGUGAAGCCAUCCUUAAUAUUCCUGACAAGUCUGACUGGAGGCAAUGUCAGGUCAGCAAGGAAGAGGAGGAGAUGCUGGCUCGCCGCUUCCGGAAAGACUUUGAGCCCUUUGACUUCACUCUGGAUGAUUAAGCAAAGGGAAAGGCACUUCAUGAACUUGACAGGAAGUAGUAGCCUGUUUUUUAAAGAAACUACAGUCUCCCAUGGGGACUGUUUCUCUGCCUCUUUUUUGUGCAUUCCCAUGGAACCUGCCUGCAGCAAGAGGCCUAAGAUAGAGUAUUUUUUGGAAAUAUUUCUAGGAUGAAAUUCCUGUUAAAAUAAGCAUGUCUGUCAUCCCGCUCCGAGUACAGCUUAUGUUAAUCAACAUUUUCAAAAACAUUAAACCAUCAAAUAAAAUCCAGAUGCUUUUCCAUGG